UCACGGCCACUAUAUAACCCGGUGGUCACAGUCUACAGGCAGUCCGCUCCCUGCCCAGCCGCGCCGCCAUGAAGUCUGCCGUUGCCGUCGUCGUGGUGCUGGUGGCUGUGGUAGUAGACCUCGCCCUCCCCGCCAAACUGCCCACGUACAUCAAGGCUUGCAAAAGAAACGACCCUAAGUUGAACGAGUGCGCACUAAAGAAUGGACAAGAGGCGAUACCUAAACUUAUCGACGGUGACGCGAAGCUCGGCAUCCCCAAGCUCGACCCUCUUGAGAUCGAGAAGGUCGUGGUGGGAGACAGCAAGAGCGGCAGAGGUCUGGGCAUCACUUUCUCCUGCUACAAGUGCCUGAUUAGCGGCCUGAGAAACGUCAAACUAGAAGAUGCGAUAUUUGACUUGGAGAAGAAACGUAUUGAGUUGAGAGGAUCGGUGGCGUCGAUCGGAGUUAAUGGCAAAUACACAGCAAACGGCAAAGUGUUGAUUCUCCCCAUCAAGGGCGACGGAGACGCGAACCUGACCCUUGGAGAUCUGAAGCUCACCUACAAGACGGACUUCGAGUUGCAGAAGGGCAAGGACGGCAAGGACCACAUUCAACUCAAGAGUCCUGAACUUGACUUUCUGGCCAAUCAGUUCAAAAUUAGGUUGACCAACCUGUUCAACGGGGAUAAGACUCUAGGCAAUCAGAUGAACGUUUUCUUGAACGAGAACUGGGAGGAGGUGCUGAAGGAGUUCAGGCCUGCGGUGGGACAGGCCGUCGGCCAGGUCAUAACUCUGAUUGUCAACCAAAUCGCUGAGAAAGUCCCUUAUGACGAGAUUUUCCCCAAGUAACACUGUGAUCACGCUGUGGUCUCUCCUACUGUGAUCUUAUUCUCUAUAAUUUAUGUACUAUUAUAAUGUACAGUUCCUUGUACACAUCAUUCCUUCCUCUUCCCACCUUAGAGAGAUGUUAUAUUAUUAGUCACUUUGUUUACCAAAAAUACUCGUUUGUGUAGAUAGUGAGACUUUAUAAACACCCUUCCUUAGCGUUAUUAUUAUUGCUAGUUGCUUAAGUUAAUAAAUUAUUUGACCCUUGA